UAAAACAAUUCUUAAAACAUAUAUGAUUUUUAAGAUUUAAAUCAUAUAUUUAUAUAAUCUACCUGGGUACAAAUCACAUGAAUUUAAAAUAAAACCUACGUCAUAUUCCCUAUCACCUAUCCCCGAUAAAACCUCGCAGCACUACGGUACCCCACAACUCCCCCCCUCGACGAUAUCAACCCACCAACCAAGCACCCCUCACCCACCCACCAGCACAGGAAACACAAACGCAACAGCCCCCAAAAAUGACACAAGAACCACGCAACAACAAACCCGUCCCUCAAGAACCUUCACCAAACGCAACCUCCCCCCCCAAAACCUACGAAGUAUUCCACACGCCACCCGAAAACGCAAAUGCGUUAGCAGAGGGCUCGGGACAGAAUACAGCGGGUACGCAUAAGCAUAAGGGAACACCGAGUCUAGGAGCUGCGAUCAAGACACUGCGAUGGCAGGAUUUUGCUCAGGUUCAUAUGUAUCCGUGUGCGCGGGAGAGCUUUCUUACGGGAAUUGGGGGUGGUUUUGCGAUGGGUGGGAUUAGGGCUAUUUUUGGAGGUAUGUUGUAUUGUUGCGAUUGGGUUGGGUGUUGAGUUAGGAGAGUUAGAUACUGAUGUCUUAUUAAAGCGCCGAUACCUAAAGCUGCGAAUUGGGCGGUGGGGACUUUUGUGUUCUCUGCUUUUGGAGCGUAUGAAUUUUGUUUUUACAGAAGACGGCUGGAACGGGCACAUAUGAAACGUGCUGUAGAGAUCAUUGAUAGGAAGAAAGUUGAAAAGGAGGCACAAGCAGAAGAGAGGAGGAAAGAAAGGCGGAGGCUGAAGGAAGAAGCAGAUAAAAAGGCUGAAGAAGCAGCCAAGAAAUCAAAUUGGAAGUUUUGGUAAAUGUAGUAAAAUUCUCGAACAAUGUAUUAGCAGCUCCAUACUGCGCUAUAAUGAGCAAUGGGUCCGCUUCCAUAUUUCAU